AGCAGAGCGAAGCGUGCGCCGCGACCAGGCAAGCUGUGUGCGCGCGCUGUGUGUGCGCGUGUGAGCAGCUUUGAGGUGGCACCGAACAAGGAAGUGGAGGACAUGUCGCUAGACUGAAGCCGCAUACAAAGAGGAAACCGUCGACUCUCCCUCCGAGUCUCCCUCUUUAUCCCUCCAGCUGCCCCUCUCCUAUUUCCUUUUCUUCUUCCUCCUCCACACCCCCUCUCUCGUCUACUCCUGAUUGUCCUGUCCUUCCAGCUCCAGUGCUCAUGGUAUCAAGCGUGUAUCCUCAUGUUACCAACCUUCAAGAAGCUUCCUGAGAUGGAGAAGAUGCAAGAAAGUGCCUCCAUGUUCGUGUCAACCCCAUCAGCCUCCUCAGCGUGACCCCACAUCAGCUGCUCGUCACUGUCAUUGCCAAUAUUGUGCCCAAACAUGGCCAGUGUUCCUCCUGGGAUCCGCCUGCUGGUGUCCUUCAACAAGGACCAGUGGUACAGAGCUCUAACUUUCAUCCUCACCUUCCUGCUCUACACCAGCUUCCACCUGUCCAGGAAACCCAUUAGCAUUGUCAAGAGUGAGCUCCAUAAGAACUGCUCAUCAGCCAAUGAGCUGGCCACCGUUGCCUCCAGCAGCCAGCAUCCCUCACUGCCGUCCCUCCACACAAGCACAGACUGUAGCUGGAAGCCGUUCGAUAAAAGGAACUACAAACAGCUGCUGGGAGCCAUGGACUACUCAUUCCUCUGUGCCUAUGCAGUGGGAAUGUACCUCAGCGGCAUCAUUGGCGAGCGUGUGCCUAUCCGACUGUACCUAACCGUGGGCAUGCUGUUCAGCGGCCUGUUCACCUGCCUGUUUGGACUGGGUUAUGUCUACAACAUUCACAAUAUGGCCUUCUAUAUAUUUGUCCAGGUGGCCAACGGAUUGGUCCAAACCACUGGCUGGCCCAGUGUAGUGACCUGCAUCGGCAACUGGUUUGGUAAAGGAAGGCGUGGACUCGUCAUGGGGCUGUGGAACUCUCACACCUCAGUGGGAAACAUCCUGGGCUCUCUGAUCGCCGGCUACUGGGUCUCCUCCAACUGGGGCCUGUCCUUCAUCGUACCGGGACUCAUCAUCGCAGUCAUGGGCGUUGUCUGCUUUCUUUUCCUCAUUGAGCAUCCAAAUGACCUGAAAAUCACGUAUGCCCAGAAUCCUUCUCGAGGAAAGAGUGUUCCGGCCAGGAGUUGGAAUGGCAUAAAUGGACACACAGACAACAAAUCCCAGAGUUACGACACAGAGCUGUUGUUGCCAAGGGACAGUGUGUGUGUUGCCAUGCAGCCGCUCGUGGUGGUGAAGAGGGAAUCGGAACCGUCCGCCAUCAGCUUCAUGGGAGCUCUACGCAUACCGGGAGUGAUCGAGUUCUCUCUUUGUCUGCUGUUUGCCAAACUGGUCAGCUACACCUUCCUGUUUUGGCUCCCUCUCUACAUUACCAAAACAGCUCACCUUGAUGCCAAGAAGGCUGGAGAUCUCUCCACCUUGUUUGAUGUUGGAGGAAUAGUUGGGGGGAUCUUGGCAGGUGUGAUCUCUGAUAAGCUGGGGAUGAGAGCCACCACCUGUGCAGUCAUGUUGCUGCUGGCUGCUCCUACACUGUACGGUUUCUCCAUGAUCAGUGACUUUGGCUUGGGGCCAACCAUCGGCAUGCUGUUGGUGUGUGGAGGCCUCGUCAACGGGCCGUACUCGCUCAUCACCACUGCCGUGUCUGCUGAUCUGGGGACCCACAAGAGCCUGAAAGGCAAUGCCAGAGCUUUGUCUACUGUCACUGCCAUCAUCGAUGGCACAGGAUCUGUAGGUGCAGCACUGGGCCCUCUGCUGGCCGGGCUGCUGUCUGCAGGCGGCUGGGAUCAGGUCUUCUACAUGCUGAUGACUGCUGACUUCUUUGCUCUGUGUCUUUUGCUUCGCCUUGUGUCAAAGGAGCUGACCUCCAGCCAGUCCCGUCCCACCUCGACUGUAGAGUUGAAGGAGCAUUGAGCCCCUGGAUCGCUCUCCCUCUGUAGGAGGGAACAGUGCACGCUGUGCCAUGCCCUCCGUCCCUGAGGAGGAACAGCAGCAACAAUCUCUGGAGGAGUCAUCUGCACAUAAAUUAACUUUCUUUGCCUCUUUCUGAACUCUGCGCUGUUGACCUAUUUCCUAUUGCAGUUCUUUCCUAUUGCGCUUGAGCACAUUGCCAGAGAUGGCCACACAUGGGAAUCCAGCCUUACUUUGACCAGUAUACCAGAAGUGACAAACAGCAACUUCCAUGACUGUGUCAUUAUAGAAUCUAGUUAUCCUCUUAUCCUUCUCCUUGUAAACACUAAAUUGUGACCUAACCAUAACCGUUAUGUUUGGACCAAUUGGAUUUCUACCAGAUAUAUUAUAGUUCUUGAAAAUGUCUAAUUUAUAUUGACUUUAUUAUAGUGGAGGCAGAAACCUUCAGCUGGACAAAAAGUUAAUGUUAAAAUGUUUAAGAUUCACGUUGAGUAGGUUCACCCUUAAUAGAAGCACUUGUGGCAUCCUGUGGUGCUUUUAGAAUUCUCACAAGAAGCUCUGUUAAAAUAACUAAUUUAACUCUGUGAAAGCAGCACAAAGUGAGACCACUACAAUGCUCCUUUGUGUGGAAGACUCAUUUGCCUUACUGAACCAAAGAUAUUGUGGGUAAGAUGUUAAUGUACUUUCAUUCAUUUAAGUUAUUGGUUUUGUGGCAGUUAGAUUUUUCUCUGAUUUUUGUAAUGAAAUGAAGGCACCAAAUUUGUAUUUUUUUAUAUAACACAGAUGCAGAUAUUGAUGUAGGUUUUUUUGUGGGUUGUGAUCGAAAGAUAUUAAUAUAAAUUAUUGUCAAACGUCAAAUGAAUAUGUUAUGCAGUGCAAUGUUGAUUACUUUGGUUUGUGUUUAAGUGAGUUCUUAAUAGUGACUUUUUUUCUUCCAAUUUAUGAUCCUUUCAGCAUGAAUAAUUCUAUCUAUGGAAAUCUGAACACUAAGCGACAAAGAGCUCACAGUAAUUCCUUUUUUCACCCAAACAUUUGAUUAAGUUCUGCAAGUUUGCAAGUUUAAACUUGGAUAGUUUACAGACGGUAAACCACUAUCAAAGUAAACCCACCAAAUCCAAAAUGAAUGUAUUCAUCCAUUUUUCAAUUGCUCCUAAUGCCUUCCUCACAAGACCACAUGUUGUGUAUAUUUGGUGUCAAUGGUAGGCGUAGUACUUGAAACAUUUUGUGCCUUAUUUCUUCUUUGACUUUUAGUCAGGCACUUGAUUUUGUAAGGAAAAAACAUUUCUAAAUGUUUUGUUUUUCUUUGGGAAUGAACAAUAAACAUAUUUCUUUCCUUCA